UUUACCGUUGGGGGCUUAAUUUCGCACACCAACAACUUCCGUUCGAUGUUGUUUCUGUAUUGUUGUAUAAUUUUGAACAUUCUUUAAUAUUGAUAUCCGAAGUAAUAUAAUCUGAUGACGACCGUAUAAAACUUGAAUGACUAAUCUGCUUUUAUGAUGGCCGGAAACGUCUCGUUUAUCGCAUUGUUGAUUCGUUAUUUUUUUCACCUAGUUGGCAAGUUCGUUUGAGCAUGAAUGUUAAACGUAUGGAAUUGCAAACUACUACAGCGUAGUGUAUCCCCUUUCUGUAAACGGCAGCAUUAUAUUAUCAUCGUUGUCGUCGGAAUUACGGGGCUUAACCGAGAAACGCUAAAUGUCGUCGAACGACGAAGGAUCAAUUAGUGAAACGGAAACGAGAGGGUACCGGGUGACACAUAAUAAAACGGAUCCGGGCGCGUGCAGGCACGGAAAUUUUAUAAAUUAUUACCAAUUUCACCCGGCCGAGGAACGGCUGCGGCAACUUCCGCGAGGCGUAUGGCACGCGGACCCAACCGACCGGAAGUACGUCGGGUUGGAUGUCGGCUGCAACGCGGGGAAUCUGACGCUAGCGCUGUACGAUUUUCUUCGGGCGAACAUCGACGACUCAUCGUCCGACAAUGCUGACUUGUCGUUGCUUGGCGUGGACUUGGACCCAGUCCUGAUACAAAGAGCGAAGGAGGGUAACGACCCGAACACGGGGCGCGAUGUCACGUAUAAAUGCAUGGAUUUUAUGGCUGCGGAAAGCAGCGGGGUGAUCGAUGAAUUCUUGACGUCAAAGGGGAGGGAUCUUUUCGAUGUAGCGUUUUGCUUCUCUAUUACAAUGUGGAUACAUUUGAAUCACGGCGAUUCGGGCCUCGUGCAAUUUCUCCGGUCGGUAUGCGAGAAGACCAGAAUUAUCCUGGUCGAACCACAGCCUUGGAAAUGCUACAGGAAUGCUUCUAGACGAUUGAAACGCGCCAACGUUGCGGAUUUCCCAAUGCUCCAAAGUUUGCGAUACACUGGCGAGAUGGAUACUCACGUGGAAAAUAUUCUCACCGAACAUUGCGGUUUCGAUAAAUUAACCGAAUCCGGAAAUAAUGAUUGGGGCAGAAAAUUGUUGAUCUUUAAGAGGAAACAAACGAAGUGUGAUAAUUUAAUUGACUUAAAUGAAUAAAAACCGUUUUUCACCUUCUGCAAACA